UUACGAUAGAAACUAUGAAGAAACUGGUGGCAUCCGUUCUUCUCCUCCUGUUUCCAGUUUCUUUGUGUGUGGAGUUGUGUGUACAAUACGAUAAGAGUUGCCUCCAAGAGAACUGCCAGAGAUCGAUACCCUGUUAUCACGGCUUUUGUGACGUGGCAGGAAAAUGCGUCUGCGAUGCCUGUUACCAUGGAGAUAGUUGCGACGUAUACGUGGAUAAGUACAUGCCCUCAUUUUAUUCGACCGAAGACGAGGUCUACAUAGAAGAUCCUUGGGUUGCCACCCCCGUUUACCACGCUCAAGCUUUCGAUAACGAUUACGACAGUACCUGCGCUCGAAAUGAGGUCCGAUGCGAUUGUUCCCUUAUCUUUUACUACUUGGUGGACGAGAAGGAAUUCUUCUCUAUCAACAACGUAACGGGUGAAGUAUACAUCAAAGAGCCCGUGGGCCUUCUUUCUGUAGGAAUUUACACCAUUCUCGUCGAAGCCAAAGGAUUGAAUCACGAAUGGGAUACGGCCAGUGGAGUCAUUCAGGUGACGUUUUAUUUGAGCAACGACAUUUGGACGGAUCAAGAACAAAUCACUAAGAACGUGAUGAAGAACGCGUCUAACGUCCCCCUAAUCAGGCAAAAGAGAGAAGAUUCGGUCAACAACCAGAUGACGUCCUUCGAAUUAAGCAAAAUAGAAGGCGAGGAAGAGAAAAUGGAAAUAGGGAAAACCGUUUGUUACAGCUUGGCUAUAAAAGUGCCCAAAACCGAAAAACUGGACGUCAUUGUUGAGAUAUUUACCAAACAGAUCAACAAUAACAGUUACCUCCCCACUUUUGCCUUGUGCAAAGUACAAAUCAAACCGUCUGGUGAUGCCAUUUCGUACUCCCAAGAGAAACCCCACAUCAGGAUGAUUCUCAGCGACCACAUUAACACAGUAUACGAUCGUGCCGUGAUCGAUUUUGGAUACAUCAGUAACACUGCAGACGAAAGCCAAUUGGAAGUGACGUUUUGCAUCGCUCAAAUAAGAAAUCUCGACACUACUUACAAUCAGAAACAUUUCGUCACUGCAGGGGCGGAAUAUGACCAAGAAAACUACGUUUGGGUGGGGCAGGCGGAAGUCAUUCCAAAUGAAGUGGAAAAAUCUGCAGACGUUCCCGAAAUAGUAACAGAAGUAACUGGUCCUACUGAAAUUGCCUUGGAUUCGGCUGGGGUGUAUUAUCUAGAUUCCUGGAUCAGCAUUCGUUCCUCCAACGUCACAGUAGAGGUUCAAUUAAACGACACGGAAACCAUUUUAACGGUUGGUCACUUGGGAGUAAUGCAAUUUGGGGAGUACUACGUCUGUGUUCCACAAGAUAUAUACUACUAUAAUGCUAGUUACACGGGUUCCGAGAAGACGUGUCUCAACACCAAAGCCAAACUGGAAUUGGGGUUAGUUACUAAUAUAGGUCCAUUGGAUAAACAAAUAAAAGACGAUGGUAACAAGAUCCGUUUUACGUUCGCCGUUUACGCCCCUAACAUACCCUCUAAUAUUGGUAAAAAGGUCGACAUCUCGGCAGGUAUUUUGAUAGGGGAGGAGAAAGUUUGGUCUUCAAUUAUCUCUGUUACCAUUAAAGAAAGAGAAGAUGAGCCUCGGCCUAAACUGCACGCGGUGGACACCAAAAUUUAUCCCAAAGAAGAUCAAACGGCAGCUGUGGGCAGUUUGAUGUCCUAUAUUCUUCUCACUACGCUAGACGGCGUGGGAGGUUAUUUUAAUUACGUGAUUAAAGUAGUGGUUCCGAAAGAAGGCGGCAAAAUACAGAUGGAACCUUGCGGUGCCAGAUUGCUGAAAGCGGUAGACAGCUUUAACGUUCCUUACGUUCCUUGCGAUGUGGACAUAGAACCGGAGUACGACGGAGAUCAGACGUUUCUUAUUAAAUUGAACAGGCUACACGUCACAGAUCAGCAUUCUCCCGCCAAAUCCAACGAUUCUCUGAUCAUGUCCGAGUUGAUAGUGAAGAUUUCGACUCACGAUCACUCCGUGUCCGGAAGCAAACUACAGAUGACAGUUUCGGUGGAGUCUUCUAAAGACUUUAUUGAUGUUCCUGUAGGGCAAGUCGAGAUCAUAGAAACGAAAAGUCAACCAGUUCCUUCUGUCGAGAUAAAAAAUGCAGUGUCUUGGGAACUGUUACACGAAGGAGGAGCCAUCGCUUUUGACGUAGUGGUCACCAUCACCCCCUCAAUCGGCUAUGGAGAUUUGUUCUUCGAAGCGGCAGGAGACGAAGAUUCUAUUCUUCAGAUAUGUAUGAUCGAACUUACCGACGUUGGCUCCCAUUUACCUUGCCUGGGAAUGCAUAGGGAUGACGUCAAUCGCAAUAUCACCUACAGUUUAGUAAAUUCCGAAUCGACAUGCCUGAAGAGCAACAGAGCAGCCAUGAAAGUGGGAGAUGUCGGAGCUGUCAACAGAGAUAAACAAGGGGAUAGAAACGCUUUCGUCAUUAAAGUGGUAGCUUCUUUACCCACUUGUUCCGAAUUCGAUGACGAGACAGACUACGAACUGACUGUUGGUUUAACUAUCGGUACCAGAUCUAUGUGGGCCUCUGAAGUUAAAUAUACUUCAACUAUUCAAACUUCAACUAUUCCGGAAGAGAAGAAGCCUUUCGUCAACGUAGACGUAACAUCAGAAGGCGUAGCUCCCGGUUAUCCGGUCGAAGUAGUGAUAACCAUCAAUACAGCUCCAGAUUCCAUUGGCCAGUAUAAAAUUAUUCUGAGAGCAGAAGAAGAAGAUAGUAGCGUGUGUAUUCUUCGCGUCAAGGCUGCAGGAAAGAAUAUGCCUUGUGUCGAAUUCGAAACUCCCUCUAUAUAUAUCCCUCACACCAAUAAAGAUAAAGGAAUAAAAGAAGCGAAAAUACAGUUUUCUGCACUUUCCAAUAUAGGAACAUCCGAGUCGAAUCAGACGUCGGAGGAAAAUGCUUUACAGCUGCAAGCCAUGGUCAAAUUAUCGAAACAAGCCAAAAAUGAUCAGGAAUUGAAUUGGAAAGUGGAUUAUGGGAGUGGAGAAGCGAAUGGAGAAAUUACCAUUCCUCUGAAAACUGAUUCCGUCCCGCAAAUGUAUGGAGAUGAUCCAAGAGCUGCCAAUCUAACUCUCACUCCUAGUAUCGAAGCAGCUAUUGGGGCACCACAGUUUGUAACACUGGAUCUAGAAUUAAACGAAUUCUUCUUGGCACCCAUCACUGUCAAAAUUAUGAAUCCGGAUAGUUCGAAGCAUCCCUACGACGUAUGUUUGGCCGGUAUCACGACUAUAGGUGUGAAUUAUCCGUGUUUGGCACCUUCUACCGUUGUCACUCAAAUUCCCGCUAGCUCGGAAAGCAAUUAUAAGGAUUCUGCAGACAUUCGUCUAGGAACGGUGUGUAAUUCCUACAUCGAUAGAGAAAACUUCUCUGCAAAUUUGAUACAACUUAAAGUUGCCCUCUACUUAAAACAAGAAGUAAAUGUGGGCGAUGACAUUCGUGUGGCCAUUCAGAUUGUCCUCGGCAAUAGAACCAUCACAAAUUUGCCACAACUGAGUAGCAAAGCUGUAAAGAGUAUAGAAGAUGUAAAUCCACCCGACGAAGUGGUAGUGAAACCCAGUGAUGGCGAAAACAUUCCCAUUAAAGUCCGUCAGCGCGUUUGGGUAACCUACGAAAUUACCAUUCCUCCCCAUUCUAUUAUGAAAGUGUCCGUCAGAGUCAAGGCACCCAUCAAGGAACGUCGAGCAGUCUUCACACUUCAUCAAUUGCGACUAGUGUCCGGUGGUAAAAACCUUCCUUGCCCAUUAGCUUCGGGGGAAGUGGAGUACCGACUCUUAUCGAAUGUGCCCACUGCCCAAAACGACACAAUAGAAGCAGAUUUGGGAUAUUUUGGAAAUUUAGGAGUUACGCACGUGAAUAAUGCCGAAGGAGAGGAGGACGACGAUAAACUUAAAAUUGAGGUUUUGGUCGAGUUGGCCGAUCAUCCCGAAAGCGAGCACGGAUCAGUCCAUAUGGUAGAUUGUAUUGCAAUCAUCAAUGGGGUGGAAGGUAAAGCGCAGCAACCUUUCGUAAUCGAGCGCACUGGUGAGGAGAAAGCGGAUCUGACCGCUGAAGUCAUUGUAGAUGACAGUAAAACAUUCCAGAGUGGUGACGUCAUACAGAUGUACGCAUAUUUGAAACACAGCAAUGUAUCUCUAGCCGAGCCUUAUGAUAUCACGUUGCGUCUGUAUAUCCCUCCUUACGUCGUUUUCAAUACGGAAACCAGUUGGAACCCUAUUAAACUAACUAUAAAAAACGAAUCGGGAGGACUGGAUAUCGUGUUCCCCCUUCUGACCUUUCCAGACGAAGUUGAAGUUAAUUUCACGGUGUUAGCCGAUCCUCAUAAGCAAAGGAAGCAUGGUAAAGGUGUCAUAACCGCCACAACCCCCUACAGAAUUUUGUGUCGUCAGACUCUUCGGUCUCAACCUGUGCAAAAUCCACCCAAAGAUGGUCUUUUCGAUUGUUCUCAGAUGAGCCAUCUCCUUUACAAGAUUAACAGCGCGGCUUGCAAUGACAAACUGGGAUUGGACGAUCCAGCAAUCAUAGAAAACUGUCAAUUUACCGCUUCUUCGGCAGCCAGCAAAGAAUGGGCACCGUAUUACGCUCGAGUAGUUACAGGAGGAAAGGAUACGGGAAAAGCCUGGUCUCCACCCGUGCGAACUGGACCAUGUCAGCAUUAUCUUCAGGUGGACUUCUUGCGUAACGUUCGAGUAGGUUCGGUAGUUCUUCAGAGAAUCGAUGGGUUACGCCACGUUACGGAAUUUAAAUUCUUGUAUAGUAAAUCCGGCAUCGAUUGGAUUCUGGCCAUUCAGGCAACAACUAAUUAUCAGGAUGAUUUGUCGACUACAGAACUAACCAUGCCCGUUGUGGGCCGUUUCUUCAGAUUAGUUGUGCUAAAAAAUAACGAUCCGACUGAUCUGAGCAAGAACGUCGGUGUCAGAAUGGAAUUAUACGGAUGCGUUGUGGAUAAAGAUAUUUUUGUUAGGUGCGGUUCGGAUGAUACUUGGUAUACCGAUGAUCUAAAGAAAGUCGGACGACACAUGGUCUUGGAUACAGAAUUGGAAAGAAUAUAUUUCUGCGAUGCUAGAGACGAUCCCAAUAAGAAAAUGUGCUAUUCUUCCGACGACGGAAUCAGCUGGAACAUACUUCCCUGGAACAUAGGAAGCCUUUUGGGUUACGAUUCCGAAACGAGACUAGUUUACGCAGUGGACGACAGAAACUGGGCUUACAUGGCCACCAACGACAGUCUGCAUUGGACUUUUGUCAAGAAAACCGACAUGGGCAAUAUUCGGGGCCGAAACAGUUUUAAAUCCAGAGUCAACAUCCCUUCUGUGACGCAAAAGGAACUAGGAACCGUCUCCGCUGGAAAAUGGAAAGCUACUGUAGAUUCCUUGAAUUACGAAGGACACGCCCGAGUCAAAUGGGACCUGUGUUGCUCCACUUGAUUUUCUACGUCAUACGAAUCCUAUUAAGAUAAAUCGCCGCUUGUUUCGUUG